CUCAUCGACACGCCUGGUUUCGACGAUACUCAGAGGAAGGAUGUCGACAUUCUCCGCGAAAUUGCAAGCUACAUGGUCGCCACCUACAAGAGCGAUGUCCGACUCAGCGGCUUAAUAUAUUUGUUUGCGAUCGACAACAGUCGACUCGGAGGCUCAGCAGCUCGCAAUCUUCGCAUGUUCCAAAAGCUUGUCGGACGAGAAGGCUUGCAUAGCACAAUACUGGCCACGACUAAGUGGGACAAUUUGGAGUAUGUGACGAUCGGCGAGCAGCGGGAGCUGGAACUGAUCAGCGAAGACGGCUUUUGGGGGGCGAUGAUCGAGCAUGGCAGUAAGGUCAUGCGACAUACACGCACUCGAGAAUCUGCAAUGAGCAUUGUGAAGGCAAUACUCAGUAAUAGUCACCCAUUUGCUCUAAAAAUACAGGAAGAGAUGGUUGACCAAAGACUGGUACUGCUCGACACAGCUGCUGGUAUGCAAGUCAAUAAGGAUUUGAUUGAACUUCAGCAAAGAUAUCAAAAAGAGCUGGACAUGCUCAAGAUGGACAUGGCCGAAGUUGAUUCAGAGGCGAAGAGGGAAAUCUCUAGG